CCCUAUGGAUCCUUCGGACCUUCCCCGCCCCAUCGCGACGUGUGGUGGCACCGUGGCAGUGCCCGACGCCCGUCAGCAGUCCAGCACACUUGAGCACGCUUGGGGGGCCGUUUUGUCUUAGCGCCCCGUGGGACAAACAUCCAGUUCAAAUGGUCAAUCGCCCCAUUCAUUCUUCUUUUCGAUGUGUUGCAGCAGAACGGCCCCUGAUAAAUCAUUAGCCCUCCCUGGGUGAAGGUCUAAGCCCACCCUAGCCUGGUGAACGCUGUACCACUACCACGUACGAUCGUGACGAUGGAUACUGUACCGCCAUCUUACCAGAGCGCCACAACCAGAGACGCAUGGUCGAUUAUAGCCCAGUACAUUCCUUCGAGCGACCUCUGUGCAGCAGUCUCGGUGUGUCGGAGAUGGCAUGACGUUUUUAUGCCAUUUCUGUGGGGUGACCCGGCCUCUCACUUCGGAACUGAUAACGAUGCGGUUUAUGUCGCCCUGACAAGGUUCAGGAGGACACUAAAAUAUGCCCGACUCGAGGUUCGGAUACUCACCCAUACGCUGCACCUGCCGCCUGCUCUCUCGGAGAUCUAUGGGGGUCCACGGCCCGAGUGGUUAAGAGAGAUUCUGGAAUCGCUACCUUGCCUCCAAUCCCUGAUGGUCUCGAAGCUGCCAUUUUUUGACCACAAUGCCAUGACCGCUCUCAAAGGAUGUGGCUCACCGGGGGGAACUGACACGGCUUCCGAGACCUAUAAUGUCCGUCUACUACUGGCGGAUAGGGAGCCCAACACAACCUCACAGGGUAUUGCGGAGACACUCUUACGCUUCCCGGGUUUAAUCUAUCUCGAUCUCUCCUAUACCACCCCUGCGCGGGAUCGUAUAGUUCUUUCAUCUCUAUCUCAGUUGGAACAUCUCCAGGUGCUCAAAUUACGAGGUAUUGGCCUAAAAGAUAAUGACGCCGAGUUUCUAGCCAAUGCUAUUGGGCGUAGAGUCCGCUUUCUAGAUCUGCGCAAUAACUUUCUUACUGACAUGUCUAUCCGAUCUUUGUUGCAAGCAUCCUUUCUACCGCCAGGUGCAGAGGAUGGCCCACGGAGAGGACCAUCUGGAUCCCCUAUGCGUUCGCCGCAUUCAAGACCGCUGCUCUCCAACCGGAGGUUUCUCAGCCACCCUCCUCUAGAUGAGGAAGUUCUGAAAGCUUUAACACAGCCACUGACAGGCCGCUCUUGGGUUGAGGACCUAUCGCAGGUAGGCAUAACGCAUCUCUAUAUUGCGGACAAUCCCAUCUCAGUGGAAGGAGCCGCAAGCCUUUUGGCAUCAUCUCGACUUCAUGCCCUAGAUGUGGGGACCGUUGACACUGUCGAGUCUAUUAGCAGUAGGCAGCAUCCCCUCAGCUCACCUCAGGAUGACGCCCAUGAGCUCCCUGGCGCUGAGAAGUUGAUACCUAUCCUGGGCACCACAGCCAAAGACAACCUUACCUAUUUCAGAGCCCAUCAUGCCAUCUGUACAGUUGACGGACCGUCAAAGGAGCCUGUAACAUUGGAUAUGUUGCUCCCGGAGCUUCCAGCUGGAAAUGAGAGUGAAGUACCUCGAGAAGCGGAGUUAGGGACCAAUCAUGAGAUCUAUGAAAUGCCCUCAAACGAAGCCGCUGUUUUUGAGCUUCCCGGUACACCCGUUCCGCAACCAUCGAACUGGCCGUCUCGGUCUAGUGAGGGCGUUCGAAAACCAAUUAUCUAUGAAGAUGAACCGUUACCUGAUCGGCGACGAGGCUCCGUUUUCGCCCCCGAGGUGGUCGAGACAGACCAAGUCAGCCAUGAAGAUGGGCGGGACGAUACUCAUGUCACCCGCUUGCCUCAUGACGUCUCAAUUUCGAGCAUCUCGAGCAUUCCCAGCAUCACGCUGGAUACCGUGGGCUCAAUACCGCAAUGCUCUUCUCCCUUAUCAGCGGAAGAUCCUCGGGCCCAGAAAAUCCAGGAAUUGCUUGCCAAGCGGCCAAAAAGUCUUCCUCGACGUGAUAGCAGAGGGAGCUAUUUUCCAUACCUGCAUCCCUCUCAUGUCCCUCAUCUUGAGACCAUGGUUUUGACUGACGUCCCGUCCCACGUACCUACCAAUUCUCCCAUCUUGGCAUCUUUAAUCCGAUUCAUAACCGCCUGCUCAAAUGAAGCAUUACUUGCAACACUCCAAGCGGGAUCGGACUAUUCCCUCCCACCCGGUCGAGCUCGAGCCAGAGCUGAACAGGAACGAGUCAGGUCUCUGUUUGCUCUUCGCCGCUUGGUGCUGGAGAUCACACCCAGUGAUCGGACCCAGAAAUUGUCCCGAUGGACUCCAGCCAGCUACCGCACAGGCGCUUCGAAAUCAAGUACAGGAGACCGAGAUUCUGAAAACUUGUGGUCGGCAGCAAUAGGCGACUUCAGCUUUUUUGGGGAAGAGGAGUGUGGGGUGCCCGAUGCUUAUUCAGGGAAAUACUUCCCUAUAGCUGCCUUGAAUGAGAAGGUGACGUUGAUACCAGAAGAUGAUGAUCCAUGCCGUACAGGGCUUUCGGAGCCAGAUAUAGCGUCUUCACCGUCUAUGCUUCGUCCAGGUCCACUGCCCUCGCAAUCAAACUUCUUUGAUCCCGCGGCCACACCUAGGGGCAUGCGCUCGCACAGCCCAUUCCAAGACCAAGGUGGAGAAUCAGGGGCACCACGGAAGGAGAUAGUACCGGAUGUUGAUCUCGUCGCCGCAUUGGCGUCCUUCCGACGCACUAAAAAGGCAGAGUAUGAAGACAUGGUGAGGGGCGAUCGGGAAAGACGUAACACUGUAUCCUCUCGCUUCUCUCCCCCUGUGUCGUCAUUUCAAACAUUCUCGCCGUCGCCAAGCCUGAGCUCGCUGGCGGCGACACCAGGGCCUCCUUUAUCCAUUGCUCAAUACUUGGAGGGGCAUUGGAAAGGAGAAGUGAAAAUUGUCCGGAACGCAGCGCCGAAAGGACGAAGUGGGGUGGUAGAUAUGUAUGGGAAUUACUUUGAGAAGGGCUAUUUAUACCCAUGACGGAGCAUCUAGAACGCCGGCAUCCAUGACUAGUGAUUAGAAGAUAUCGACAAACGGCAUUGCUCACAUCGUCGUAAUUAACAAGACUUGGUAAACUAUGAUGGGAUCAUGUCAUUCCAUUUUUCAUUAGAUCUAAUCGAGUUCCCUUGAAUGCCAUGGUAAGUCAAGGAGAUCAAUACCGGGCCCGAGAACUUCAAGCAAACGAAGCGAUCCCCCAGCACGUCAACAUCCGUCCACGAAUGGCAGGUCUGUUCUGUUUCCUAUUACCUUUGGGCGGGACACCUGAAGCUUAGAAUUUCGUUAUUUGUUUCUGAUAUAGAUUUCGUCUCUCCAGCCCACCGGCGAAACCAGGAAACCUUUUUUGCUUUUCAAAUCAACCCCGAAACUGAAACCCGUUCAUUCCAUUUAAUCCGUGUAAAGAAGUCUGUUUCAACAACACAAAAGAAA